UCCUCAUCAAUGAUUCACUUUGUUGUGGACGACCUUCGUUUGGCUCUGGGGACUUUAAAGACACGCUGAUCCCGGAGAAGGCUGCAGUCUGCUGGGUCUGACAGAGCCGCUCUGCCCACACAAACACAGGUCUGUGAAAUGCUGAUGUCUGAACUCCACUUGACGUAGCUAUGGCUCACUCUAAUAUGCGGUCCUCCCCUUCCUCCGAACACGAUGAGGUCAACCUGGGCCCUUCAGCCAACCCACAUGCACGACCCACUGACUUUGACUUCCUGACCGUCAUCGGAAAAGGGACCUUUGGAAAGGUGCUGCUCGCCAAACACAAGGAUGACAGCAAGUUUUACGCCGUCAAAGUUCUGCAGAAGAAAGUCAUCCUCAAGAAGAAAGAGCAAAAGAACAUCAUGGCGGAGAGGAAUGUCCUGCUGAAGAGCCUCAAACACCCGUUCCUCGUUCGGCUUCAUUACUCGUUUCAAACUCCAGAAAAACUCUACUUUGUCCUGGAUUAUGUGAACGGAGGAGAGUUGUUCUUCCACCUGCAGAGGGAGAGGUGCUUCUCUGAGUCUAGGGCCAGAUUCUACGCGGCGGAGGUGGCCAGUGCGAUAGGCUACCUGCACUCUCUCAACAUUGUUUACAGAGACCUGAAGCCAGAAAACAUCCUUCUGGACUCACAGGGUCAUGUGGUGCUCACAGACUUCGGUUUGUGCAAAGAGGGAGUGGAACCUGAAGGAACCACCUCCACCUUCUGCGGCACCCCCGAAUAUUUGGCUCCUGAGGUGUUGAGGAAAGAGCCGUAUGACCGCACGGUGGACUGGUGGUGCCUCGGGGCUGUGCUCUAUGAGAUGAUCUACAGCCUGCCGCCCUUCUACAAUCGGGACGUGGCAGAGAUGUACGACGGCAUCCUCCACAAGCCUCUGCCUCUGCCCGCGGGAAAGUCUGACGCCGUGUGCUCCCUGCUCACCGGGCUCCUGCAAAAGGACCAGCACCGCAGACUCGGCGCCAUCGCAGACUUUUUGGAAAUCAAGAACCACACAUUCUUCUCUCCAAUCAACUGGGACGACCUUUACCACAAGAGAAUCACUCCUCCCUACAACCCCAACGUGCGGGGCCCUGCAGACACGCAGCACAUCGACCCAGAGUUCACCAGAGAAAUGGUCCCAAACUCCGUGAGUCGGACCCCGGAACUGAGCGCCGGAACCAGCGCCAACAACGCCUUCAACGGCUUCUCCUUCGUCGCUACAGAGGACAGCUUCCUCUGAGCCCCUCCAUCUCCUCCUCCUCUUCAUCUUCACAAACACAAGGGGGAGAAUUAUUUUGUGUUUUGACGAAGACCAACUGAGCCGUAGGUUUAGCGGACUCCAUUUUCUAAAGCUGAAUGGACAUUUCACUUUUCACUGUUAUGAAGCAUAUUAGGAUUUCAUUUUUUAAGACUUUUAUAACACAUUUAUUCACACUGAUUUGUAAAUUACACCUUGUAUAUGGAUUAAGGGUUUGGGAAUGAAGUAUUUUUAAUUUAACAUGGCUAAAAAUACAAAUAAAUACAGCACAAUUGUAUAUAUUUUUGAAUGUUAAAAGGGUAGUUUGAGAUUUUGUGGUAAAACUUAUGGCUUCACAUUUACGUCGAGUUCAGUUUUUUCAUGUAGCAGUGACACGUGUCAAUCAUAGAGGCUCAUGUCAUCCUAAUGUUGUCCUAAAAGACGGAAGUUAGACGUUUAGACUUUAAAGGAAUGCAGCGAGAACAGAAUAAAACUUAAAGGAGCCGUAUUUUUACCGAUUUGUUUUUAUGAUUUAACAUUUAACAUUAACAUCCAACACGGCGGCCGUUUGGAGCUGCUCCUCCGACAUGUUUUUAUGGAGAAUCUUUUGGACAUUCUGAGCUUUGUACGGCGGCAGCGUUCUGUGUCUUUGUGAUAAAACAAGUGCGAGUGUGCCCUGAACUGAAGCUGAAGCCCGUGAUGGUGCUGAGACGAUGACAUCUGAUGACCUCCCGUCACACAUGUACUGUUGUUUGUAUACAAAUAUUAAAAAUGGAUGAAAUGGGACAGGUAAAAAAACAUAUAACUUCAUGUUGUCUGCGCUGAAAUGAAUCAUGGGAUAUGUAGUUCCCGAUGUUUAUUAGCUACGAGGAAAAAUGCAUUUAAGCAAAAGAACUUGUGGUUCGAUAUAUUGUGACAGGCCAAGGUUUUAUUGUGAGACUUUUGACAGAGACUUUUGGAGAGAGAAGAGAGAGAGAAGAAAGAAGAGAGAGAGAAGAGAAAGAAGACAGAGAAGAGAGAGAAUAGAGGAGAAAGAAAGAGGAGAGACAGGAAAAAGAAUGAGAGAGAGGAGACAGAGGAGAGAAGAGAGAGAAAAGAGAGGACAGAUGAGAGAGAAAGGAAAGACAGGAAUCUGAGAGAGAGAAAGAGAGAGAGGAGACAGAGGAGGGAGAAGAGAGGGGGGAGACAGAGGAGGGAGAGAAGAGAGAGGAAAAACAGGUGAGAGAGAGACAGAAGACAGAGAAGAGAGAGAGGAAAGACAGGAGAGAGAGAGACAGCAGAGAGAGAGAGGAAAGACAGGAGAGAGAGAGAGAAGACAGAGGGGAGAGAGGAGAGAGAAAGGGAAGACAGUAGAGAGAGAGAGUGGAGACAGGAAAGAGAAGACAGAGGAAAGAGAGAAGACAGAGGAGAGAGAGAAAAGACAGGAGAAAGAGAGAGAGAGAGGAAAGAGAGAAGACAAAGGAAAGAGAGUAAAGACAGGAGAUAGAGAGGAGAGAGAGGAGACAAAGGAAAGAGAGAGAAGACAGAGGAGAGAGAGGAAAGACAGCAGAGACAGGAGAGAGGAAAGAGAGAGACAGAAAGAGAGGAAACAGAGGAAAAUGAGUGGAAAGACAGAGGAGAGGAGACAGGACUCAUGCCUGUCACAGCAAGUGUCAAAACAGCCAUGUUCUUUAUAUGAACCAUUACAUCUGUGUCCACAACACACGUCUGUGGGCAUCAUCACUUCUUCAUAUAUUCUGCUCUGAAAUGAAGCAAAGGAUCAUGGUUUAUGUAGUUCUUUUUUCAUUUUUUUCUAUAUUGUGAUGAUCCAUGAUAUUAUUCUGAGGCUUCUGACUGCACAAUAUCACUUCUAUCAAAGCAAAUUGUUGAUUUUAGGUCUCAGAAAAGUACCCGGGUUAUGUUUAGAACAGAUGAUUUUUAUGAAGCAUCCGAGUGAUUAUGUAAAGCUGCCGUUUUGAGGCCAAGACCGGGCGGGCGGUGUGUUUGUGUACAGUGUU